AUGGUCGCUCUAUCAUCUAUGGUUUCUAAUACAAUCUGGUUUGUGGUCAGCGGGCGCGUGCGCCAAAAUAGUAUAAGCGGAGGGAAGGUGGAGCUGCCAGCGGGCUGCCUGUACAGCGGGCGCUGGCACGGUGAGGGUCCGGUGCGCGCUGAGGCGUGCCUGGAGUGCGUGUGCGUGCGCGGCGCGCUGUCGUGCCGGCGCCGCGCGUGCGCCCCGCCCCCCGACCCGCCCCCCGCCUGCCACCUCCAGCAAGUUUCCGGAGCCUGCUGCCCCGAGAUCCACUGUCCAGAUGGCGUGAUAAAGUUGGAUCAGACGGCGUCCGCGAGAUUGGACGACUUUACACCGGAAUCUAUGAGCCAAGGAGUAGUUCUGCCGGCGUGCGUGGAGGGCGGCACGGUGUACGCGGCGGGCUCGGCCAUGGCGUCGAGCGUGUCGUGCGAGCAGUGCUUCUGCCUGGGCGGGUCGCGGCGCUGCGUGCGGCCCGCCUGCCUGCCCCCGCCCCCCGGCUGCCGCGCGCACCCCGCGCCCGGCGCCUGCUGUCCGCAGCGCUACUACUGCCAGCACGUAGACACCACACCACCGCAACCUCAAAACCAUCAUGACUGCCAGACAGAAGACGGUCAAUGGGUUCGGGAAGGCGAGGGAGUGCCGGCGCUGAGUUCGGACAAGUGUACUCAGUGCUUCUGCUUGGGAGGAAAAAUACUGUGUCAGAGUCAGUCCUGCGCACAUAAGCUGAAAGGCUGCACGCCGCUCGUGCUGCCCGGCCAGUGUUGUCCUCAUAAGUAUAUCUGCAACGACCGGAGCAAUAAUACCAUAUCAAAUUUUAGUAAACAAGAUAAUCUGAUAGUGGCAUUGAACGAGAACAGAUCCUUCCAUACAUCUAAAUCUACUAAACGUGAAACAACAGUUAAGGCAGCCAGUUCGAAUACGAACAAGAAGUCGACAUCCCCGACGACCACCACGACAACUAAACCGACGACGACAACAAAACCAACUACUACUAAACCCACAACAAAAACAAAAAAUACAGAAACCACUAAGACGACGACGACGGUAAAGAAAAAUUUGGUUACUAAAGUUGGGAACAUGACCAAGACUGGUAUCACAAAUAGUGAAACAUCGAGAAACACUAUUAAGGAUAUAAACGUAAGUUUAGCGACCACACCAGUACCUAAGGUUAAAAAAGAAGUAACCACAAAGAUACCAACAACGGUAACGGAGGAGAACACUACACCAGAAAGUUUCACAGAGAUUACGAGCACAGAACAACCCGAGAGGAGUAUAAAAAUUAUCAUUAACGGAACAGUGAAUUGCACGACCGAACUGUCUUCGUCGACUCUACUACUAAAUACAACAAACACAAAUGAUACAGUUUGGAUAAACACUGAAAUACAUCCUCGAAUACCUAUGUUCAAUAAAGAAGAAAUAGAGGCGCACACCUCUUUACCAAAUGAGAUCAUAACGAAUAGAGUAUUUAAUGAAGAUUUUGAUGAGAAUGAAAGCUUUACUAUAAAUGUGACGAGUUCCCUGCGUACCAACAUGAGCAGCCCAGCUCUUAGUACCACUACCACAUCGACUACACCACGGUCUAAAACGGUACCACCCAUAAUGGUCGAUGGAGCAAACGCAUCAAAGUCAAAGAAAGACGAGUUAGACUUUGACUACAACGAACCUACAUUACCACCGUCGCUGCCUAAUUUAAAGAUAAUUCCUUUCGUAGCAGCGGAUGCAGUUGUCGAUGAUGAAACGUUACCAAAAGAUAACUUACCAUUCACAGCAGUUGCGCAAGACGAAAAGUACCCUGUGUAUUUUCCAGGACUAGAAAAUAAGGAGCUUGAAUAUCCAAUUCGAAGAGAAGACGAUUACAAUGCUAAUCAAUAUCCGAUAUUCGUAUCAAAGAAAGAAGAUAAUAAGAACUAUCCUUCUUUGACUAACUUUGAUAACUUUAAUACAGGUAACGAUAAUAACCUGACUGAUGCGUUACCAGGAAUGCAAAAAUUCAUGACCAAGAAAACGAGCGGUAAUAAAAAUGAAAUCAAAACAUCGGAACCAAGCAUCGACAAUAGUAGAAUAUCGGGAUCUAGCCUGUUUUCUCCACCAGUAGAGACAGAAGGUGGAUUCAUUCCUAAGGGGCCCGGCGGUAUCGAUGAAUAUUACUCCAUAUAUCCAAGUACUCCGGCGGGUCCGACGAUGCCCCAUCUUACGACUUCAAUGCAAAUAGAUACUAAAGAGGACUGUAUAUCUAGCACCGGCCAGCGCAUAUCCGAUGGUGCAUCAAUUGAGAUGGGUUGUUCGCUGUGUAUCUGUGCGUGGAGCGAGCUGCACUGCUCUCCCCGUCCCUGUCACACACCACCCGGCUGUAAGUGGCGCACCGCCAGCAUGCACUCACACGAUCUUUGCUGCGGGGAGUUGAUUUGUGACUAUGAUAAUAAAUACCCAUCAGUAACGACUGAUUCAAACAAGAUGAUUGAAAAAUCUUCUGAAGCACCUUCUAACAAUACUGCGAACGACUCGGUCAAAGUAGCAGAUAAUGCAACUGUAAAUAAUACAGUAAAUACGAUGCAAAAGGAAACACAGAAGAUAUUAAUUGGAUAUAAUGAAUCACCUUCAGAAAAUAAAACUCAACUUGAAGUAUCUACACAACAAGUUCCACUCGCAACUGCAAAGGUCGAAGUCAGUACAACCAAGGCACCAAUAUUCACUGAACCUUCUGAUAACAGCAGCAACACUCAGUCACUGGAGUACGACGAGGACGAAGACGAUGAUGAGGGAUUUUCUCUGGGGAGCGUAUUAAAACUACUACUCAGUGAAAGUUACGACACCAAAACUACCACUUUAACACCCACUAGGAAGACAACAUCACGCGUAACAGAACAAGAAUACAGACCAACUACGCCCAGAAUAGAAACACCACCGAAAGAUUUCUACGACACGCACAACGAGUUCAUACCUAUGCCGCCAUCAAUAGUGCCCUUCAAGAAGAUACCGAUGCCUAAUCCCAUUACACGAAUCGAUCACCUUCUGCUCGGUGAAUCUAAUGCAAUCAGAGAUACAAGUCCCCGGCUUCCGACCACAACUAAACCGACGCCAACGACUAGAAGAUAUACCGUGAAGACGACGCAGCCGCCGUACACGAGCAAGCCGACGACGAUUAAAGAAGUAAUACCGGAGCCGACACGACACGACAACGACAUACCGUCGGUGGAGGUUUCUCGGCCUCCGCAGCCGCUCGGCCUGGGCCCGCUGAAGCUGGCGGGCUGCAACAUCUACGGGCAGAUGUACCGCGUGGGCAGGAUCAUCACGGAGCUGUCCACACCCUGCCAGGAGUGCCGCUGCACGGAGUUCGGGGUCCACUGCACCGCGCUCGACUGCUGAACUGUUUGCAAUAUUGUGAUGAAGUGUUACAAUCAAAUUGUCGCAUUUAAAGUGCAUUUAUAGUUAACGUUGUACAGUAGAGGAGUAAUUAAGAUUAUAUUUAUUUAGUUUAAUAUCAGUAUUUACGCCGGCGUUGAUCUCACGUAGUAGUACCGUUCAUAUUUUAUAUUAAUUUUCACGAACGAUGUGAAACAUACAUUUGAGAGUAGCUUGCCUCAAUAUCUUAAAUUUUAA